AUGGCCCUCGUUCUUCGUUAUGUGAACAAAGAAGGAAUUAUUAUAGAGCGAUUCCUUGGUAUUGUACAUGUAGCAAGUACUACCGCUUUGUCACUCAAACAUGCUAUUGAAUGUUUACUUUGUGAACAUAAUUUGAGUUUAUCGAACCUACGUGGGCAAGGUUAUGACAGGGCUAGUAAUAUGCAAGGUGAUAUCAAUGGUUUCAAAACUUUAAUUUUGAAAGAGAACAAGUCGGCAUUUUAUGUCCAUUGUUUUGCUCAUCAACUUCAAUUGACACUUGUUGCUGUUGCUAAAAAUCACAUUAACACUACUGAAUUUUUUUAUGUGGUUAGUAAUUUAGUAACUGUUGUUGGAGGCUCUUGUAAGAGACAAGAUGCUCUUCGAGAUACACAAUUUGCCAAAAUUAAAGAAGAUUUAGAGAAUGGUGUACGUAGAAGUGGGCAAGGUUUGAAUCAAGAGACAAAUCUUAAACGUCCUGGUGAUACACGUUGGGGAUCAUAUUAUGGGACUAUUCUCAGCUUGAUUUUGAUGUUCUCUGCUGUUGUUAAUGUACUAGAGAUUAUUGAAGAAGAUGGCCUCUCCGACCAAAAAGUUGAAGCUCGAUCUAUUAUGAGAGAUCACGAAUGA